AAACCAACAAAUUUACAAAGACAAGACCCACAUAACACACCAAAGGCAGGAAAGUGGAAGGAAAAAGAGAAAAAAGUGGAGAAAACAGAGACAAUACCCUUCCCUUUGUAUUGAAGGCCACACAAUUUCGCAGUCUUCUCCUUCUCCCUCUCUCCUUCUCUCUCCCUUUACCUGCAAUAUACCCUUUUAACAUAUAAACAAAACCUAUCUUCUUCUCUUUCUCUUUGUUAAUCAAUACUGUAAUAAUCCAGAUCAAUCAAAGAUUCAUUCAGUGAUUGGUUGAUUGCAAGCUGCAACUCGAUCUGACUGCAACGAAACGAUGUCGUGUUCUUCUUCGUCGGGUUCUGAGUCUGAGGAUGAUGAGGGAAUCGACUCUUACAGGAAAGGUGGUUACCAUGCCGUUAGAGUCGGCGAUCAGUUUGCUGCUGGCCGUUAUAUUGCUCAGAGGAAGCUCGGCUGGGGCCAGUUUUCAACCGUCUGGCUUGCUUAUGACACUCAAUCCUCUAAUUAUGUUGCUCUUAAAAUCCAGAAAAGUGCAGCGCAAUUUGCUCAAGCUGCCCUUCAUGAAAUUGAAGUCCUUUCAGUUAUAGCUAACGGUGAUCCGUCUAAUGCCAAGUGUGUUGUGAGGCUGAUUGACCAUUUCAAGCACGCAGGACCAAAUGGGCAACAUCACUGCAUGGUCCUUGAGUUUCUCGGUGACAGCUUACUCCGUUUAAUCAGGCAUAGUCGUUACAGAGGUCUUCCUUUGAAUAAAGUUAGAGAGAUAUGCAAAUGCAUUUUGAUAGGCCUGGAUUACUUGCAUAGGGAACUUGGUUUGAUUCAUACUGACCUAAAACCUGAAAAUAUUCUUCUAAUUUCCACCAUCGAUCCUGCUAAGGAUCCAAUUAGAUCUGGCUUCACACCAAUUCUUCAAAGGCCUGAAGGUAGCCUUAAUGGUGGAGCUACAAUGAAUCUCAUUGAGAAGAAGUUGAAAAGAAGAGCUAAGAGGGCAGUUGCUAAGAUUGCAGAAAGACGGACUUCAAUGGGAGUACCUGUGAAAAAGCCCGAAAAAUGCUUGGAUGGGAUUGAUCUGAGGUGCAAGGUUGUUGAUUUUGGAAAUGCAUGUUGGGCUGAUAAACAGUUUGCAGAUGAGAUUCAAACAAGGCAAUAUAGGGCGCCUGAAGUCAUUCUGCGAUCCGGGUAUUCCUUCUCUGUUGAUAUGUGGUCAUUUGCUUGCACUGCUUUUGAGCUUGCUACAGGUGACAUGAUGUUUACUCCCAAGGUUGGACAAGGAUACAGUGAGGAUGAGGAUCACCUUGCUUUAAUGAUGGAACUCCUUGGAAAGAUGCCCCGAAAGAUAGCCAUUGGAGGAGCUCGAUCCAAGGAUUUCUUCGAUAGGUAUGGGGAUCUAAAAAGGAUUCGAAGGCUGAAAUUUUGGCCACUUGAUCGCUUGCUGAUUGAUAAAUACAAAUUUCCUGAGAACGAUGCUCGGGAGUUUUCAGAAUUUCUUUGUCCUCUUCUCGAUUUUACACCAGAGAAGCGGCCCACUGCUCAAAAGUGCCUGCAACACCCUUGGCUCAAUCUCAAUAGUUCUGCUCAGAUUGAGAUGAAAAAUGAAGAUGGAAUAGAAAAAUUGCACGUUGGGAUGAGCAACCUUCAACUUAAGUUGGGUAAGUGAAGAAGGGAUUUUAGGUGUUGGCACCAUUUUCAAGUCCCUCCCUCCGCCUAUAUGAAUAUUAAUUGUUCUUUUUAUUAUUUUUGGGUUUGUUACAUUUUUAAUAAGAUUUUUUUUUUCUUACUAUUGAUUAACUAAAAUGUAAAUUAGUAAUUGAUUAUUGUGAGGAAAUGACAUGAGAGGGAGAGAAUUAACUGCAAUGACAGUCAAUGGUAUCAGAACAAUAUACAUGCUUUCCACAUGUAAUUGAUUUUACAUUCAUAUUAGUAAAAGAAUGUGUUACAACAUAAAGGGUUUUGCCCCUUUUGAGAAUAGAAAUAAUGGUUGACUUCA